AUGAAGCGAUGGACAAACUUAGGGUUUGUAGAUACGAUCUAUGAAGAAGAAGACUACGUGGAUCACUCUUCUUCCUUCUCUUCUUCUUCUUCAUCUUUAUCUCCUUCUCCUCAGCGACAAUCCAAUCUCUCUAAGUCUCCUUCAAUGGAGCUUCAAUCUAGAGUCCAUAAGUGGUCGUUGGCUAAUAACUCUAAACCUGAUGUGUUGCUACAUGUGGGAGACACAAGGUUCCAUCUCCACAAGGAUCCUCUGUCAAGAAGGAGCGGCUAUUUAAAACGCCACCUAACGGGCGUCAAUGAAUUAACUCUCUCACCGCCGUUAAACAUAACGGCCGAAACGUUCACGUUUGUAACCGCUUUCUGUUACGGCGCUCACAUUCAGUUGACGCCCUUCAAUGUCGUUCCGCUGAGAGUCGCCGUCGAGAUUCUUCUCAUGACGGAAGCCGGAGGAAACGAGAACCUGAGGAGCUUAACGGAGUCUUAUCUCCGACGAGUCGUCUUCGUCAACGCUGACUACAUCCAGAUCGUUCUCCGUUCAUGCCUAUUCCUGCUUCCGGAGUCGGAGACGACGGCGUUUUUGAUCGGGAGAAGCAUCGACGCUUUGACGGAAGUCGGAGAUGGAGACUACGUUAACGAGUUUCUCGAAGAAGCAGUCAGACUUCCCGCCGGAGACUUCGUCGUGGUCGCCGACGCCGUGCAGCAGCGGUUCCCGCGUCACGAUUUGCUCUACAGAGUCGUUGAUGUUUAUUUGAAGGAGCAUAACGGAGAGAUAACGGAGGAGGAGAAGCUUCAGAUAUGUAAUUUGAUAGACUGCGAUAAACUCUCGCCGCCGUUACUCCUCCACGCCGUGCAAAACCCGAAAAUGCCCCUGAGGUUUAUCGUACGCGCGAUGCUACAGGAGCAGCUCAACACGCGCCACUCGAUCAUGGCUGCCGCCGACGCCGUCGCCUCCUCCGCCGCUCCUGUGGCACACCGACAACGAGAGAAUGCGGCGGCGAGAGAUUCCUCAGUCACGCUCGGGUCGCUUCUACAGAGAGACACGGCGGCGAGGCAAAACUGUCGGCUAAGAGCUGCCAUGGACUCGACGAGCUCGAGGAUCGAGAGCUUGGAGAAAGAGCUCGACGCGAUGAGGAAAUUCAUAUCGAAAGAGUGCGAGAAACAGAAAUCUGAUCGGAUCAUCGAGUCGAAGUCAAGGAGCGUGAUGGAUUCUGCUCGUUCCGCGAGUUUCCAUUGCGUUCAGCAGCAACAGAGUGACGUGAACAAGACGCAGAGAGGAGACAGAGGAUCGGUUUCAUCUCUGAGCACGACUUUCCGUCGAGGAGGAAGAGCGUCGUCUCCUCCGAUGCAGGUCCGACGUGAGAAAAGUCUGGGAAAAAGACUGAUCAAGGGAAUAAAGAGUGCUUUCACUUCAACAUCAAAACAACAAGGAGGAGCUAAGAAAAAUGGAUUAACAGUGGAAGAGAUUUAUGAUGGAUUAGAAGAUUUCGUCUGGAUUAAAGACGACGAUGAGAACAACAUCUCUGAAGAACUUCACUCUCACUACAUCAACAACAAAUGA